UCUUAGUUAUAGUUAUUUUAGCCUUGCUUUUGUGCUCAGUUACGCACUCUAUUAACAACACACACCGUUGCCAUUUAAUACACUAUUUACUCAUUGUAAAGUAUUUGAUAGAGUGUAGGUCAGAGAAUCUAGGCGCUGUUCAUAGGGGAAAACUAGAACAGUGGUUACAUAAAAUGGAGGCACCGCUGGGAUUUUAGACCGAGUAACUGUCCUACAAUCAAGACUAGAAGAAUUAUAAUCUCCCCAAAAUGGCCAACUCAUCCCUCUCACUACCACCAUUAGAGCUUCAGACCUGGUGCAGCGAAUCAAAUGUAAAUCCAGCUCAUGCAGUUGUUGUGAGUGGAGUUCCCAUGAACACCAGUGUUGCUGAUGUUGAAGAGUUAAUGGAGACAGUUAAAGCUUUCGGCAGAGUACGUGUCCGAGCCCAAAAAUCUGUCCCUAAACUGAAUACUGACAUACUGCUGUGUGAGUGUCGCAACCCAGUCGACCCUAGCAAAGCACCUCCAGAAAUAUUUCCCCACACAGGUGAAUUACCAUGGAAGCUAACUUUGCUUACUGAACCUGCUGAAAAAACAGACGAGUUUACCAUAAAACUAAAAAGACUACUUGAAAGUGAAGGAAAAACAUUAGCAGACAUUGAGCCUUUGCUUUCCCAAGAGUCAAACCUGAAACAGGAACACCCUUCAUCUAUUAUCCGGGCUGUUGGAGAACUGUUGGAAAAAGUGAGACCCCCACAGGAGAACAAUGCGUUUCGCCGACUACGGGUUUUCUCUGGAGUUACUCCCACCCCUGCUGGGGAAGAGACACUCGAGAACUGGUUGGAGCAGGCACAAUUAAUGCUCGAUGAAUGUGAUUGUUCUGUCAAGGAGAAGCGGAAGAGGAUUGUUGAGAGUGUAAAGGGGCCAGCACUUGAAAUAAUACAAGCUUUACGCUGCAAUGAUCCAGAUACACCCCCUCAAAGAUUCUUGGAGGCAAUUGAAAAUGUAUUUGGCACAACAGAGUCAGGUGAAGACCUAUAUUUUGCCUUCAGAUCUAUGCAGCAAAACCCAAAUGAAAGACUUUCAGAUUUUGUUAGAAGGCUGGAAAAAGCUCUCACCAAAGCUGUUCAAAAGGGUGGGGUUCCCCCUGCCCUAAGAGACCGUGCACGAGCUGAGCAGCUGUUACGGGGUGCUGUUGAGUCUGACAUUAUGCUGUUGCAGCUGCGGCUAAAAGAACGACUUCACAAUCCCCCAUCCUUCAUGGCACUGCUAAGUGAGAUACGUGCAGAUGAGGAUCAGAAAAUGCUAAGGCGGCAUACUACCAGUGUGCGGCAAGUCGGUGCAGCAGACAUAAAGACACCAAAGCUCUCUGAAAUGGAUGCCCUCAAGGAUCAGAUAAAGGAGCUUCGAAGCCAAGUGCAGCAGCUAACAGUAAAAGGACAAGAUAGCCCUCACAUAAUUGGAGGAGUGCCACAAGCUGCUGCCGCCCGUUCUAAUCCUGAGAUGAAUGUGUUAAAAGAACAAGUUCUUAGUCUCCAACACCAGCUCAGUCAACAAGCUACACCACCCACGGCUCCCGUACCUCAGGGGAGGAGCCAAAGGAAUUCUUGGCGAAAAGGUAGAGAACCCACAAAGUUUGCCAGAGAGGGUUCGAAUGUAUUUUGCUACCGUUGUGGCGAAGAUGGCCACAUCGCCACCAAUUGCACUUGUCCUGAAAACUCUUCCAAGGUCAUCCGAAAACUAAUUCAGUCAAUGCAAAAAUUGCAACAAAAUCAAAAGGGAACCAGCUCACGGUUUUCAGAGCCAGAAAGAAAAGGUGGCCAAGUCACUGUGAGCCACGUUGGUCCUCCCACACCCAACCAAAUUCCUACAGGUCUCAUUGGAGCACCAACAGUAGGCCGAAUUAUCAUUGAAGGCCAGCCUUGUGAUGCAUUAAUGGACAGUGGUUCUACUGUUUCUAUUGUAUUUGAGGGUUGGUAUACCCAACACCUAUCUCACUUACCAUUACACCCCAUUUCGAGCCUAGACCUUUGGGGUCUUGGCCAGAACAGUUACCCCUACAAAGGGUUUAUCGCUGCUCAAGUACAGUUUCCAGAGGAUAUUGUAAAAGGUGGGUCCCGGACAGUCUUAGCCUUAGUCUGCCCGGAACCGAAUGGUCCCGAACAGCAGCCUGUGAUUAUUGGCACAAAUGCACGGACUUUCAUUCAUGAGCCACAGUCCCAAAUGGGAUCAAAGAGCAACAAUCUGGCACAAACUAUGCGGGUACGCACACAGCCCAUCCAAAUGUCACCUGUGACCCCAAACAAAGCAGCAGCUUUUGUGAAAUGGGUUGGACCUGGGCCUCUUACUAUACCCCCUGGUUCUGGACGUACAGCUAUGUGUAAGGUAUCCUGCUCAGAAUCUCUGGAGGACAGCAUACUGGUGAUAGAGACACCUGUUACCAGAUCCCUUCCGGCAGGGGUACUAAUGCCCUCAAGUGUGCUUUUGUCCAUAGACAUGGACGCAGAACACUUCCCACUGUUCCUGAAAAAUGAAACUGCCAAACCCAAGUCCCUUCCUAAAGGCACGGUCGUAGCUCAUGUCCAUAAAGCUGACAUAGUCACCCAGAUACAGCCAAGCCAAGUACCUCACCAACGACUUGACCCGGCAGUCUUCAAUUUUGGUGACUCCCCCAUUCCUGAAAACUGGAAAGUCAGACUAUCACAUAAGUUGGCUGAGCGACCAGAAGUAUUCUCUCUGACUGAAUGGGAUGUUGGACUUGCAAAAGGGGUUGAACACCACAUCCGAUUAAAAGAUUCUAGACCAUUUCGAGAACGGGUAAGGCGCCUGGCUCCCGCAGACAUUGAUGAUGUCCGCCGACAUUUACAAGAGCUUCUUGCUGCUGGCAUAAUUAAAGAAUCUCGUUCACCAUAUGCCUCACCAAUAGUAAUCGCAAGAAAGAAAACUGGCAAAAUUCGAAUGUGCAUUGAUUACCGCACACUUAAUUCCAGAACCGUACCAGACCAAUACACACUUCCGAGAAUAGACGAUGCUUUGGCCUGCCUCACUGGGAGUCGCUGGUUCUCUGUGCUCGACCUUCGCAGUGGCUAUUAUCAAAUUGAAAUGGCAGAAGAAGACAAAGAAAAAACUGCGUUCAUUUGCCCCUUGGGUUUCUACCAGUUCGAACGCAUGCCUCAAGGGAUCACAGGUGCCCCUGCGACAUUCCAGCGAUUAAUGGAGAAGGCAGUAGGCGAUAUGAAUCUCCUCCAGUGUCUCGUCUACCUCGAUGAUCUUAUUGUGUUUGGUCGUACUCUAGAAGAGCAUGAAGAGCGCCUUCUGAAAGUGCUCGACCGCCUGAGAGAACAAGGUUUAAAGCUGUCCAUUGAUAAGUGCCAAUUUUGCCAACCCCAAGUCAAAUACGUUGGUCACAUUGUGUCCGCCGCUGGCGUCGCAACAGACCCUGACAAGAUAAAUGCAGUGGCAAAGUGGGAACCUCCAGUGAACCUAAAAUCACUGCAGUCCUUUUUAGGGUUCUGCGGUUAUUACCGCAAGUUCAUCGCCAACUACUCUGCCAUAGUCAGGCCCCUCACAGACCUUACAAAGGGGUACCCACCAACACAAAGGAAACAAAAGAAAAAUGAGGGCUUUGUCACACCAUACUAUCACCCCUCUCAGCCAUUUGGCGAGCGAUGGACGCCUGAAUGCACUGAGGCAUUUAAAAAAAUUAUUCAGUGCCUCACUCAUGCCCCAGUCUUGGCCUUUGCGGACCCAACAAAGCCGUACAUCCUUCAUGUUGAUGCCAGUCUUGACGGGCUUGGAGCGGUCCUUAACCAGGAGCACUCUGAUGGCGUACGCCCUGUUGCAUUUGCUAGUCGCAAAUUGAGCCAGUCAGAGAGAAACUACCCUGUUCACCAACUAGAAUUCUUGGCGUUGAAGUGGGCAGUCGUGGAUAAGUUCCAUGAUUAUCUUUAUGGGGCCCGCUUCACUGUGAGGACAGAUAAUAAUCCCCUCACUUACGUACUCAAAACCGCCAAGUUGAAUGCAACAGGUCAUAGGUGGCUAGCCGCCCUCACCACUUACAACUUCGACAUCCAAUACAAACCCGGCCGAGACAACGUGGAUGCUGAUUGGUUGUCCAGAAAUGCCAUAGAUGGUGAACGUGGCUGGAGAAUAAUACCCCCCUCGGGAGUUAAAGCUCUUUUCCACCCUGUGGACAGAACUCAGUCCUCAGAGCAUCCAGAACGGUUUAUUGACCAACUGGGGGCCAAGCCAAGUGCUGUUCCUGACGCAUAUGCUUGUUUUACUCACCUGCAGUUCAGUCCUAUGGAGAGACUAAGCAAAGUGGAGCUGGCCCAAGCACAAGACCUAGACCCUGUAAUAGGUCCUGCCAAGAAAGCAGUUCAGGUUGGGGUCUGGCCCACAAACAAACAUCCUGAGUUAUUGCUUCUGCAAAAGGAAAGUUCAAAACUCCUGAUGAAAGAUGGCUUGUUACACCGAAAAGUUUCCAGACCUUCAGGCCUCCAGAACUUACAACUUGUUCUCCCAACUCAGUUCAGACCACAAGUACUCAGAGCUCUUCACGAUGAGUCAGGGCACCUUGGAGUUGAUCGCACAGUUGAGUUACUGAGAGACAGAUUUUUCUGGCCCAAGAUGGUCUCCGAUGUUACAGACUACAUCAGGAAUUGUGGCAGGUGUGUUGCCCGCAAGACCCUACCUCAACGGGCUGCACCACUAAACCAAAUUACAAGCAGUGGCCCUCUCGACCUAGUUUGCAUAGAUUUUUUAUCUAUUGAGCCUGAUUCGAAGGGAGUGUCCAAUGUUCUCGUGGUCACAGACCAUUUCACCCGAUAUGCCCAGGCCUACAUCAGCAAAGAUCAAAAAGCCUCAACCGUUGCCAAGAUUUUGGUUGAGAAGUUCUUUGUUCACUACGGGCUGCCUGCGAGGAUUCACUCGGAUCAAGGGCGUGAUUUUGAGAGCAGGUUAAUCAAAGACCUUCUACAGAUGUUGGGCAUAAAGAAGUCUAGGACCACUCCUUAUCACCCCCAGGGUGACCCACAACCGGAGCGUUUUAACCGCACACUCCUAUCUAUGCUGGGCACGCUCAAUCCCUCUCAAAAGCAAAAGUGGAGUCAACAUAUCAGUUUGCUGGUUCACGCUUACAAUUGUACGCGAAACGACGCUACCAGUUACUCACCAUACUACCUCAUGUUUGGUCGUGAGGCUCGUCUGCCCAUUGACUUAUGCUUUGGAACGUCUCCAGAUGAUAAAGACCACCAAAGUUACCUUCAAUAUGUUGAAAAGCUAAAAGCAGAGUUGCAAAAGGCUUACAAACUGGCGCAAGAAGUUGCAGACAAGAACCAUCAGCGCAACAAAAGAUACUAUGACACAAGAGUAAGAAAUCAAGUUCUGGAACCAGGAGACAGAGUACUUAUUCGAGCUACCGGCGUGCCUGGCAAGAAUAAACUUGGAGACAAGUGGAACUCAAGCCCCUAUACAGUGGUUGAAAAAUUGCCAAGCCUGCCGGUUUACAAGGUAAAGUCAGAAAAAGGCAGAGUUGUUGUCAAAACUUUACAUCGUGACCAUCUGCUACCUAUUGGACAGCUGGUUCGGUUCCCUGUUAAUCAUGAAGAGAAACCAGAGUACCACCGACCAGAAACAAGGUCCUCAGCAGAGACCAAGACCAACACGCAUGAUGACAGUGCAAUGCAAAGUACUGACAAGGAAAUUAUGUCUGAGGCAGAGGAAGACGAUCUGUGGUACCUAUCCACUGCUCAAAGAGAGUCUGUUUCCCAAGCACUCGAUCUCCUUGCAGAUCACUUCAACCGACAAGAGUCUGCCGUCAUUACAGACCCAACAGCUUCAAACAGUGCUUGUCCGACAGAGCCUAUGAGUGCUGUUACCUUCUCAGAGGCUGAGGAGGAACCAGAGGUUAGGCAACUGCCUGAUGACCCUGUGGCGGACACAGGUCUAGCUGGGGAAGCGCGUCCUUUAGCUAGUCAGUCUGAAAGCAAUGCAGAGCCCCUCGGUGAUCAUCAGUCACGUCGAGAGAUUAAACCAGUCAUUCGGCUCAGUUAUGACAAGCCUGGACAUUCCAUUGACAAGCCGUUUGUGAUAGUACAUCGUGGAGGUUGUGGCCUCAUCCCUGCUCUCUUCACCCUCUUUACCCACGACUGUUCUGCUAUCCACCCCACAAAUAUGGUUGUCAAGUUAGUGGAUGCCACACCUGUAGGUCUCAUUUCCAACAAUGAUGAGACCCAUUACAGAGUGGAAGUCCACAAACUUACACAGUGGUGCUCCAGGAACAACUUCAUCAUGAACACCAGCAAGACCGAGGAAAUCAUGGUGGACUAA